CAUCCAUCUUCAGUUGUGACAUAACCUCAAAAAACAAUUCAGCUGAAACAUGGAUGUGAGCGCGUACAGAAACAUUGUGACGGUAAUUCGGAACUACAAAGGGCUCUCUAAAAACUGCCUCUCCAUUCUAGUUAACAAUUUCCCCCACAUAAACCAUGAUACACUUUACAGCAUUUUAUCGCUGGAAUACCAGAAACGUAUGAGAAUGAAUCACGUUAAAAACCAGUCAGUUAUUAACAAAUACUGGGAUGUGUAUCAAGACGCCGUUAAAACGGGGGCCGGCCCUGGAAUAAUCCUCCGAAUGGCCGAACGAUUCGACAUAUGCCCUUGUCUCAUCGCCAAACUAAUCCUACACAAGUAUUUCAAAGAGUGCGAUAUGGAAUUGACACAAAUUAACGCUCAUUUAAGAGAUACUUCUCUAAUUCCAGACCCACAUUUAGCCUACGAAGUCUUUCUGUGCACAAUCUAUGACAAUUUGUACAGUCCACUAUCAGAAACCAUGAAACAUUCUCUCGGCCAGGAAUACGAAAUUAAAUUACACAACGAAGUCCUGAAACUGAAUCUAGCGUUCAGAGACGAGGAACAUUUAAGGAAAUUCGGCUACGAUAAAACUCCCGAUGUUAAAUUGGACGUUCCGGUCGCAGUUGAUGGCUUUGUCAUCAACUGGAUCGAGAGCAAAGCCCUAUUCGGCGAUGACGACGUCCACAUAGAGUACACGAAAAACCAAUACCUAAGCUAUUGGAAUCGGUUUGGGCCCGGACUAGUGAUUUACUGGUUCGGUUUCGUCAAAAGCAUAGUCCAAGCGGACGACAAAAGGUUCAUCAUUAGAGACCACAUGCCCACGAACAUUGUCCACAUUAAUUACCUUCGUUAAAUAAAAAUUUUAUUGAAAAA